GCUGCUCACUGCUCGGAUCCUUCCUGCUCGCCUGUCAUCAGUCUCUCAGCAACAGCUGGGCUCAGCUCUUAUGGAGGGGCGGAAGGGACACAAUUCCUGCUCCUCCACAUGUGCUCUGAGGAAGCUGCUCUGAGGUAUUUGAAGAAUGAAGUUGUCUGUUCAAGGGGGAAAAGUCUGAACGGGAUACUUUGUCUGUCAAAAUAAAACAUCUGGAUUUACAACUGUUUCUAAUUACUUGACUGACUAGACUGCAAACUUUAGGAUUUGGCACUCCAGUCCCUCCUAGAGAGCUGCCCAAAUCCUUGCAGGCAGCUAAUCAAAGGAACUGUGCAGGAGGAUAACUUGUCAGCCGGUUUUGGCCAGCUUGGAGCACUGUAGCUAUAGUGUGAGCUGUGCUUUAGGAAAAGAGAAAUUCAGGUUCUGUGUACAGUCUGCAGAAAGCUUUUCUUACUAGAACAAGUAUGCAUGCUGAAGCUCUGCUAAACUUUGUGUGGAUUUCUUUCGCCUUCAAUGUUAUUGCCGCCGUGCCACAGAUUCCCUCGCUGAGUCUGAAAUCAAGCUGCAGACUUUCCCCAGCCGCUUCAGAAAAUCGUUGCAGGACUACAGAUGGAUUAAUAUGCAGUGGCAGAGGCAAAUGUGACUGUGGGGUUUGCAUUUGUGAGGUGAAAGAACCUGGCAAAUACUAUGGGCCUUUAUGCGAGUGCCAUGACUGGGUAUGUCACACAUAUGAUGGACAAGUUUGUGGCGGACACGGAACAUGUGACUGUGGAAAGUGCCAGUGUGAUUUUGGCUGGUCUGGAGAAGCCUGUCAAUACCCAGCUACUUGUGAUCUGACACGAAAGCAAAGCAACGAGAUGUGCAAAAAUUCUCAAGGAGUCAUUUGUUCAAACGCAGGCACCUGCCAGUGUGGAAGAUGUAAAUGUGAAAACUCAGAAAGUAAAGGAUUAAUAUAUGGAAAAUUUUGUGAAUGUGAUGAUAGGGAAUGUAUUGAUGAUGAAACUGGAGACAUAUGUGGAGGCCACGGGAAGUGUUACUGUGGAAACUGUUACUGUGAGGCUGGUUGGCAUGGAGAUAAAUGUGAAUUCCAGUGUGACAUCACCCCAAGGGAGAUUAAGAAGAGAUGCACAUCUCCAGAUGGCAAAAUCUGCAGCAACAGAGGUACAUGCAUUUGUGGUGAAUGCACAUGUCAUGAUGUAGACCCGACUGGUGACUGGGGAGACAUUCAUGGUGACACCUGUGAAUGUGACGAAAGGAACUGUAAGGCAGUCUAUGAUCGCUAUUCUGAUGACUUUUGCUCAGGUCAUGGUCAGUGUAACUGUGGACUAUGUGACUGUAAAGAAGGAUGGACUGGAAGAAAAUGUGAACAUCCACGGUCCUGUCACCUGUCAGUAGAAGAAAGCAAGAAAAGGUGUCAGGGAAGCUCCUCUCUGCCAUGUUCUGGAAGAGGGAAAUGUGAAUGUGGCCAGUGCACUUGUUUCCCGCCUGGAGACAACAGGGUGUAUGGAAAACAUUGUGAAUGUGAUGAUCGGCAGUGUGAAGACCUAGAAGGCAUGGUCUGUGGAGAACAUGGCACGUGUUCCUGUGGUCGAUGUAUUUGUGAGGCCGGCUGGUUUGGAAAAUUGUGCCAACAUGCAAGAAAUUGCAAUAUGACAGAGGAAGAGAGCAAAAGCCAGUGUGAAUCAUCAGAUGGAAUUCUAUGCUCUGGAAAAGGUUCCUGCCACUGUGGAAAGUGCAUCUGUUCACCACAGGACUGGUAUGUUUCAGGGGAGUUCUGUGAAUGUGAUGACAGGGACUGCGACAAACACGAUGGCCUUACUUGCACAGGCAACGGGAUAUGUAACUGUGGAAACUGCGAAUGCUGGGAAGGAUGGAAUGGAAAUGCCUGCGAGAUAUGGCUCGGAAACGAAUACCCCUAAAGAUGUAAAAAUUGUUUAAAAUGUGCUCUUAUACUUUAAUAUAGGCUGCUGUUGAACAUACACAAUAGUGGAGUAUAUACCCCUAUCAACUGACCUGCUUAAUCCGACUGUUCUAAGUCUGUAAGUCUGUAGAAUUUGGGCUAAUGUAGAGAUAUUUGUGUACAGGAGAUAUAAGAGAUUGUUGCCUUAUUGCAUCAUUUGUCAGGACAUCACAUCCUCAAUCCAUGCUGAAUAAUUAAUAAAUAACCAGCUGGCAUAAUAUGAUAGGUAUACACAUACAAAUACCCAGAUGGGGACCUUCAACCCAACCUGUCCCAUUCAUAGCACCUCCGUUUUUCCAAUGGGUCAUAUAUUUGGUUCAGAUAGUUUGCUGUAAUAGUUGUUUUUAAACAUAUUCUUAUAAUAGAACAUGCAGAACAUGUACAAGAAACUCAACUGUAUGUAAUAAAGAGAUGGUUAUAUGUAUCACCAGUUUAAUAAAUAUCACAUAAUGUGUGUCAUGUUUGGUUUCAUGUUUCAAUAUUAUAAGGUAAAUACAGUACAAUAAAAAAUCCAGG